UAUGGGUAACGUGCUUCUUUCGGCUAAUUUCACGCGUGUUUAAGGUAUCGCCAAUAUAUCAGCAGUAUCGCCCGUACCGCUGGAUAUUCAUGGCAAGCGUUUUACUGCGAAACGCGACGCGCCUAGGUUUGGCCAGGCAUCUGAAGGGUAACCGGGUAACCGCGAGGACGAGCGACGAGAGGUGCAUCAUGACGAGCCGGGCGAGGCUCGAAAAGGUUCUCGAGGAGUUGCAGAGGAAUCCCUAUUACGACAAGUACGCCGAGAAGAUCGCGAGGCUGCAGCAGACCAGCCCGCAGGAGUUUCUGCAACGCGUCGAACAGCAAGAGGAGACUCGCGAGAAGCAAGUUAAACACGUAAUUGCAAAGUAUCAGCCCUCGAAAUCAGCGAUAUUUCCAUUUCUAUUUAAAAAUGUACGGUCAUCUUGGAGUCUGACAAUAAAGAGGCACUAUGUUAAAGAUUUAUCUCAAAAUAAGUACAUUACUACGCCGAUUUUUUACGUAAACGCUGGUCCUCAUAUUGGACAUUUGUACAGCGCAGUUCUGGCCGAUGCUGUUGCUCGAUACAACAGCAUGUUGGGCCAUAAAACAUUUCUUACCACUGGCACCGACGAGCACGGUAACAAAAUCAAAGCCGCCGCAGCCGCAGCUGGUUUACCGAAUCUUGAGUACUGUACAAGAAUUUCACAGCAAUUCAGGGAAAUGUGCGAUAGGUUUGAAGUGGAUUAUUCGCGUUUCAUUAGAACCACUGAAAAGCAGCACUGUGACGCAGUGUAUCACUUUUGGAAACGGUUAGAAGAACGAGGGCAUAUCUAUCUAGGAAAGUACUCGGGAUGGUAUUGCGUAUCGGACGAAGCGUUCCUCUCUGAUGCAGAAUUGGUGGAACAGAAAGAUUCGACCGGUAAAGUAAUCAAAGUCUCCGCGGAAUCGGGAAACAAAGUAGAAUGGACGGAGGAAGAAAAUUACAAAUUCCGACUUAGCGCAUUUCAAGAUGAUCUCAAGUAUUGGCUCAAAGAUGAAAACACAGUUAGACCCGCGCUGUAUCACAGAACAUUAUCACAGUGGGUAGAGGAAGGUGCAUGUUUACAAGACUUAAGCAUUACUAGAAUUAGAAACAAGGUGCCAUGGGCUAUACCUUCCCCGCGCGAUGAGUCUCAUUCGGUAUACGUAUGGAUGGAUGCCUUAGUAAAUUAUUUAACGGUCUUAGGAUAUCCAAAUGAAUCAUACAAAGAAUUUUGGCCACCCACCAUUCAAAUAAUUGGAAAAGAUAUUUUGAAGUUUCAUGGUAUCUAUUGGCCAGCAUUCUUAAUAGCGGCAGGUCUCGAGCCUCCGAAGACGCUACUGUGUCACGCUCAUUGGACUGUUGAUCAUAAAAAAAUGUCGAAAUCAAAGGGAAACGUAAUAUCGCCAUUUGAAGCUGCAAAUGAGUAUUCAGACGAGGGAUUGCGAUACUUUAUCCUGAGAGAAGCGGUGCCGCAGAACGACGCAAAUUAUAGUUCAACGAAAAUUGUUAACGUAUUGAAUUCCGAGUUGGCGGAUACACUGGGCAAUCUAGUCAGUCGUUGCGCGGGUAAAGCGGUCAAUCCGUCCAAAGAGUUUCCCGAUCCGGCGAAAUACUGGAAUGUGUUGCAGUCUGAGGUAGCUGAUGAGACCAGAGAAGCUUUGAAAUCCGUGAGCAAAAAAGCGCGCGAGAGUUACGAGGAAUACAAUUUACAUCAUGUCGUGGACGCGGUCAUGAGUAUGCUUCAUUGCGCGAAUAAGAUGGUGGCGUAUCACGAGCCUUGGCAGCUGAAGAAGCGAGUCGACGAUGCAAAUUCGAUCGAGGAACUUAAAGCUGUGAUAUCGCUUGCUCUAGAAAGCAGUAGAAUAGGUGCUUUAAUAUUGUAUCCAAUUAUGCCGAGAUUGAGCAGUAGUUUGCUCGAUUUUCUAAAUAUCCCGAAGGGAAAUCGCACGUGGACGAACACCGCGCCUGAAUUUUCCAACAACGAUGGCAUAAAAGAAAGGCAUAUCGAACGUAAUAAUUUGAUAUUGUUUAAAAAAAUAAAGAAUUAAUAAAUAUUUAUAUAUCUA